UCUCUCCCUUUUACAGGCCUUUGCACUGAAGCCAAGUGAAGAACCUCACAAUUGCACUGCACACUGCCUAGCUCUGAUUUCUCUGGCAGCCAAACAUCUGUCACUGAGACCUUGAGGGCUCUUUUUCCCCUCCCUGCCCAUCUCUCCUGUGUCUGUGCUGGAAGCUGGUGCCCAGCAGUAGCUCUAUCUCCCCAUCCAUCUUGCUGGACCUCUCCCCACCAUGUUUCAGCGUCUCACCAGCCUCUUCUUUAGUGACAGCAACACGCCAGAGGGCCUGGAGGAGCCCAAACCCUUUGUUGAGGAAGAGGAGGAGGAGGAUGGCUGGCUCAUAAUUGAUCUUGCAGUGAUGGUUCUCAACUUUCUGCCGGUCCUGGCCGUGCUCAGCACCCAGGGAGAGAGCAAAGAGCAUUUCCCAGGAUGUGGCUGCAUCACUGAGGCUGACAAACAACCUCCUGGCAUGUCAACAACUAUUAAUAGACUGAUAUCCUCUGACCUGGAGAAAGACAUUCUCGUGUUUGCAAGGCCAACUGUGGCCUGUCCUGAGCCCUGGGCUGGGGCAUCAGCUGCAGAAGGAGCUGGGGAAGCACUGAGCCAGGAAUACCCAGCCCUAUGCUCUGUGUUUCUCCAUGACAGAACAGAUUCAUCUGUGCUUCCUCCUGCUCCCUCACCCGGCUGCAGGGUCCAUGGAGAUACUGCACUGCCUCCCCCCUCACCAGUUCCCUCAAAUGCCCCUGAUGAGUCUGGGAAGGGGUGUGAGCACCCCCACUUUUGGUGCAUGCUUCCUUCCCAUUACAGCACCAGUAAUUUCAAGCACAGGCAGCCUAGAAAAGCACCAGCCCAAAUGCUGUUGCCAGGUAGAGACGAGGAAGGGAAGGCAUGGGAGGCUGGGGGGUAUCAGCUUCUGGAUCAGCCGCUCAAAAUUUGGCCUCUAACAGGCUGGAGUUGAAGGCACGGUGAAAACCUUUGCUGAAGAAUUUAUUCCCAUGAUUUCUUCCAGAGAAAAGGUGUGGACUGUUUUUCUGCUCUGCGUGCGCUUGGUUUCCGUGUUUGCUGGGUGGUGUUUGUGAGCACAGGCGUGUCGGCGUUCCCCGGCCCGGCUCAGGUGCCACCAGAACGGGGAAAGCAGCGGUUUUCACUGCCUCAACUUCUCUCCUUUUGGGGAAGGAGAAAGCCCCAUUGCUGCAGUGAACCCUGCUGCUCUCCCAGCUCUGUGGUCGGGCUUUUCCAAGCAGACGCGUUUCCCUGCCCGGCGGGGCCCGGUGGAGCGGCGCGGUGGCGGUGGGUGUCUCUCGCACUAACGAUGCCCCUUUCUCUCCCCCUCUCCCCCUCCCUCCCCACUGUCCAU